AUGGCUUCCUGGGAGAAAUCUGAAGUUGUUUUGAUAAAAGAUCUUCUUGCUUGUGUAGGCGUACACAUAUUUGGAAUCAUGGCGCAACCAAGGUACACCAGGAUAGAUAACAGGAGGCCGUCGUCAAAUUAUUGCUCAACAGUGACGGUUGUUGUGUUUGUGGCCCUCUGCUUGGUCGGGAUCUGGAUGAUGACUUCAUCCUCUGCUGGACCCGCUCAGAAUGUUGAUGUGGUUUCUCUGGACAGCAAAGAUGGGAUAAAGAAACAGUCGACCCCACCUGCGGAGGAGGGCAAAGGCCAGAAGUUUGAAGACGCAUCUGGUGAAACACCAAAUGAGGAGAACAAAGGAGACGGUGAUGCAAGCUUGCCUCAAGGCGACGAGAGCUCAGGCAAACAAGAUGACCAGGAAGAGAAGAAAGAAGAGAAAACUAUAGAUGAGUCGACUUCAUCUGGUGAGACAAAAAGUGAGACGGAAAGUGGGGAAAAUAAAUCCGAUGACUCCAAAUCAGAGAAUGGUGAUGGAAGUGAUUCAGAUGAGAAAAAAGAUUCGAAAGAGAACCCAGAUGAAGAAAACCCUGAUUCCAAUGAAAAGCAAACUAAACCCGAAACGGAGGACAAUGAGUCUGGUGAGGAUGGUGAAAGCCAAAAGAAAUUUGAUGCUGAUGACAGUGAGAAGAAACCAACAGGUGUCAAAGAUGAUAAAGAAACCAAAACAGUCAGUGAAGAUACUGAAACAAAGACCGAGAAAGAAAACACCGAGACAAAUGUGGAUGUUCAAGUAGAGCAAGAGACUCAACCUAGAAACGAGACCUCAGGUGAUCUUUCGUCUCCUGGGGCACAGUUAGAGUUACAGAAUGAAACUGUUGCACAAAACGGUUCGUUUUCAACCCAGGCAACAGAGUCCAAAAAUGAGAAAGAAGCUCAGAAGGGUUCUGGCGAUAAAAUUGAUUUCCAAUGGACACUCUGCAAUACAACUGCCGGACCGGAUUACAUUCCCUGUCUCGAUAAUGUGCAAGCCAUUAGGAGUCUUAAGAGCACUAAACACUAUGAGCAUCGUGAGAGGCAUUGCCCAGACAGCCCACCCACUUGCCUCGUUCCGUUGCCUGAUGGAUACAAGCGGCCGAUCGAAUGGCCCAAAAGUAGAGAAAAGAUCUGGUACACCAACGUCCCCCAUACUAAGCUUGCUGAGUAUAAGGGGCAUCAAAAUUGGGUUAAAGUUACCGGUGAGUAUCUAACUUUUCCUGGUGGAGGAACCCAGUUCAAGCACGGUGCUCUUCAUUACAUCGAUUUCAUACAGGAGUCUGUCCCUGAUAUUGCAUGGGGUAAACGUUCUCGCGUGAUCUUGGAUGUUGGAUGUGGUGUUGCAAGCUUUGGAGGUUUCCUCUUUGACAGAGACGUGAUCACGAUGUCCCUCGCCCCAAAAGAUGAACAUGAAGCUCAAGUGCAAUUUGCUCUUGAGAGAGGCAUUCCUGCCAUUUCUGCAGUGAUGGGCACUACAAGGCUACCUUUCCCUGGCAGAGUCUUUGACAUUGUUCACUGUGCUCGCUGUAGGGUGCCAUGGCACAUAGAAGGUGGUAAACUCCUUCUGGAGCUUAACCGUGUAUUGAGACCCGGUGGCUUCUUUGUGUGGUCUGCUACUCCUGUUUAUCAGAAGAAGACCGAAGAUGUUGAAAUUUGGAAAGUUGUUUUGGGAAUGAAAGUGCCACUUCAAGCAUGCAUGCACCCCGCGCCUGAAGACAAAACGCAACGUGGAUCUCAGUGGCCCGAGCAAUGGCCAGCGAGAGUAGAGAAACCACCGUUCUGGUUAUCGAGUUCGCAGACUGGAGUUUAUGGAAAAGCAGCACCAGAGGACUUCAGCGCUGAUUCUGAACAUUGGAAACGCGUAGUGACCAAAUCAUACCUUAAAGGUUUAGGAAUCAACUGGGCAACCGUUAGAAAUGUCAUGGACAUGAGAGCCGUUUAUGGAGGAUUUGCGGCGGCUCUGAGAGAUUUGAAAGUGUGGGUCAUGAAUGUGGUACCAAUAGAUUCGCCAGACACACUUGCAAUAAUCUAUGAACGAGGACUCUUCGGUAUCUACCACGAUUGGUGUGAAUCUUUCAGUACGUACCCGAGGUCGUACGAUCUUCUUCACGCCGACCAUCUUUUCUCCAAACUCAAACAAAGGUGCAAUCUAACUGCGGUUAUUGCGGAAGUGGAUCGGGUUUUGAGACCGGAAGGGAAACUGAUAGUUCGAGAUGACGCGAAAACCAUACAAGAAGUGGAAGCAAUGGUGAAAGCGAUGAAAUGGGAAGUUCGUAUGACUUAUUCUAAGCAAAAAGAAGGUUUGCUUUCAGUUCAAAAGUCGAUUUGGCGACCCAAAGAAGUAGAAACUCUCACUUACGCUAUCGCUUGA